GUUUCUGCCGGCGACUGCCACCUGCUGGCCGGGGGUGGGUUUCCAGAGGACCGCCCUGCGUGCUCUGAUUGGGUGCGUUUGACGGGGCAGGUGCGGCCUCUGAUUGGUCCGGCUGGCGGGGUUGCUGAUUGGGCGUCGCGCGGAGGGGAGCGUUGGGCAGGCGGCGGUUGGGAUUCGGAAGGCGCGGAGCACGUGGCAGCGGGAGCGGUGGGGCUUUGGCUCCGCCCACAAGGGCAGAGGUCGGGGGGCGACGACCCCCAGCUGGGGAUGGCGCCCAGGCGCCCGGCUCCAAGCACUCCCCUGCUCUGACCACUAAACCCUACUGCCUUGCCACGUGUGACGUCACGGGGGCAUCGUGUGACGUCAGGGGGACAGUGGUGUGGUCACAGCGAGUGCUUGCUUCCCCACGCAGGCCCCAGCUCCCAGGAAAAAACCAUCCUGGAGGCUUCACCCCCUGCAUCAAGUGCCAAGACACUGUUUCUCCCCGCUCCAGGCCCCAGUUCUUCCCCCUGGCACCAUGGCCCAGCAGGCGGUGGUGGCCCCAGUGCCCACCCCAGAGCUGCCCAUCCUGGGGGGCCUGCGCUGGUACCAGAUCCCACUGUCCUCGCUGCGGGCGCCCAGCACGGGCCUCUUCAGCCGCCGCUUUCAGGACAGCCUGCAGCGCUACCGCCAGCUGCGCCUCACCAAGCGCCUGCGUGUCGGCCGCCCCUACGCUCUGCUCGGGGACCCCGACCCGGCCUCCCCGCCCGCCCAGGAUAGCAGGAGCCAGCGACCUAGAGGCAGUAGAGCCCGGAGCAGCCUGGGCCUUGCCCCAUGCCGAGCAGCCUCCAGGCACUGGCGCGGCUCCAGGGCCCCCCACCGGAAGUCCAAGAGGAUGCCGCAUCUGCCACAGGGCACCAACACCAGCCCUGAUGAGGCCUUCCCAGCUGACUGGAGCCCUGUGCAGCUGGACUUCCUUUGCCAGGCUGGUAUGGUGUCCCCCAGCCAGGAUACGGCUGGAUCUGGGGAGAAGCAGGACGAUGAGGAAGAGCUGUUGCCCCUGGCGCAGCUGCUGGGGGGAGCAGCACGGAUCCUCCCGGAGCCUGGCAUGGGCCUGCAGCCAGAUCCUGAUGUCAACAGUCUGGCAGCGCUGCUGCAGGAGAGAAGGGCCUGGUGCUUGGUGGGCGAGGGGCUGCCAACACUGCCCGAUGACAGCUCUGAAGAUUCACCCGAUGACACACCAAUGCCCGAGGAGCACAGGCUGUUUCUGGAGCGCUUUGCACUGGUCACCAGUGAGCUGCCAGACUUUCCCCCUGGGGAGGGCAUCUUUGGGGAGGCCAUGCCUACCCCUGCGUCCCUCCCAGCUGUGUGCGUCCAUGGCCUGGCACCCCAGAGCCCUCUUGAGGCUGCUUUUCUCGAUGCCACGCCAGCUGGGCAGGUCACCUUCGUGCGCACCGGGCUGCUCACUCUGCUGUACCGCCAUGUGCUGGCCUGCCCCCCACCUGUCCUGCACUGGCUCUUCCAGCUGGCAUCGCAGCCUGCAGGUGCCGCCCCCAGUGCCUUCCAGGCCCUGUGGGAGAUCAGCAUGCAGCAGAUUGAUGCACCUGAGCUGUGGUGCCCAUCACUGGGUGAGGUGGGGCAGGCACUGCAGCGCCUGGGUGCCCACCAGGCCACCCUCAGCCCUCCUGGCCAGCUGCCCCUGGAGCUGCUGCCCCCUGCCCCCAGCUGCCCCCCGUCACUGGCCCUGGGAGGCACCGAGGGCACAGCCUACUCUACAGUCGUGCUGGGGGCGCAGCUCAGUGACAUCUACAAGUACCUGACACUGUGCGUGCUGGUGCGGCCCGGGUGUUACCCAGACAGGCAGCGCAGGGCCCUGGUGGCCCUACUUUGCCGCCUCAGCCUGGUGCACCCACUGCGGUACCAGCCCUGCCCUGACCUGCAGCAGUUACUCUGUGCUCUUCUUGACGGCAUGGACAACUGGCACCACCAGCUCCCGGCACUGUGCGGGGCCCUGGCCCAUGUCUCACAGCACCAUCACAACCUGGUGACUGUGGUUCGGCUGCUUCCAGAUACCACAGCCAGGGGCAGGCAGCUGCGCCAGCACUUGAGCCUCUGUCUCAUCUCGCGGCUCCUGGGGAUGCCUGAUGGGACCGUGGUACCCUCCACCAAGGAGGGACAGCUGCGCCAGCUGUGCUGCCUCCUGGCCCUCAUGAAGCCGGCUGCCCUCAGGUGCCACCUGCCACCUCCAGAGCCCUGGAGUCCUGGCCUGGACUGGGAGGCUUGCUAUCUGUGCUACAGCCUCCUGAGCCUGGCCGACACAGCCGUGGGCACCGAGUGCUCAUCUCCGGAGCACAAGUGUCUGUGGCAGGAGCUGUGUGCCCAGCUGCAGCGGCACCUGGGCUCUGGCCUGCCUGAAGGUCCUGGCCUGCUCUUUGUCACCCAGCUCAAGUGUCUCGUCACCCACACCUACGUCAAGUGGCAGGCAACACUGACCCAGUGCCCGUCCCAGGUUAGGGUGCUGACUGGCACCAGGGCAGGCACAGGGCCCUGGCAUUGCUGGCAUAGCCCCUCCAUGGCAGGUGGGCAGGGCGGUGGUAGCACCGUGGGAACUGGGAAAGAACUCUGGAGUCUUGGCACCCAGCUAGUGCCCCCUCUCCCCCCACCCCAUGCCAUCCAGCUGCUGCUGCUACCCAGCCAUCUGGGCUCCCCACUCACCCCCAAGUGUCUCCAGAUUGGCACAGGGGGCACAGCUGGCUCCCAGAUGGGGGCUUCAAUCCAGCCCCCCCACCCCAGCCCCAUGAGAUAUAAUUGAGGAGCUGCUGAUGAGGUCACAGCUGCACCCAAGCUGGUUCCGGUCCUGGGGAGUUGGCAGGGUGGGGGUGGGGGGCAGCAGCAGAGCCAGGAAAGGAACCCAGAUGGCCAGGUGUCCCGGUGUCUGUGCCCCCAGGAGCUGCACUACCUACACUGGAUGGAGUCGUAGCUGUGUUGCUGUAGGGCAGUACCUGGUGCCUGGAGGGGGCAGCUGGCUAUGCCCCCCCCUGAAAUCCAGCAGCCCCCUCAUACCCUUUUGGUUGCUGUGGUGUUGCUGUAUCUAGGGUGUUGUCACAGGGAUCAAUAAACACUGUUGCCAGGACAA